AUGGUUAAAUUAAGUGAAUUAUCUGAUAAACAAUUGGAUCCCAGAGAAUGUCAAUAUCGUUUAAAUGGUAAAAUUCAUACACAUAAUAAAGAUUUAGCUUUGGAUAAAUUGAAAACAAUUAUGGACCAAGAGGAAGGAAAUAAGCAAAUGGUUUCUUAUGAUGAUCUUACCGAGAUACAUAAAUGUUUACAACAUUUAGAUUCAACAUAUCAACUGUUUUUCUAUCAACUAUUGGAGGAAACAAAUACAAUCAUCCCAAAGAACAAUAAAGCACCAGAAUUGAAGGCUCGAUUGGCUCGAUUAAAGUGUGAAGCUGCAGCUAAAGAGUAUAAAGCGAUGACCGAUGGUAUUAACCUGGUACCUUCAAAUUCAAAGCAAAAUCAGGCCUCAGCUAAUUCAAUCAACGAAGUGAGACAAAUUAAAACUCUAAUCACCGCCUUAAUCAAUGGAGUUAUGGUCGUUUUUUGUUCAUUCUUUUUCGUUUACAAAGCAGUUAAUACCGUUGAUUGA